AUGGAGCAAACGUUCUCCAGCAGAAAUUAUAAUUCCAAUUUUUCGUGGCAAAAUCGCGCGUUAAUUAUCAUUCAGUACAUAUUUUUCAAAACAAUUGGUCUGUCACCCUGGGCACUGAAUCUAGCCCAAAUAGUGAAAAAGCGUAGAGGCAGAAAUUUUUCCAAUCAACCAAUUACAAUCACUAAAUCUGUCUAUGGGUCGUUGUACAAUAUUAUAUUGAUAUUAUUUAUAAUAAUUUACAAUAUUCUCUUUUUUCUACACGAAUUUGCUAAUAGCCAAAACGAACUCCAGUUAACAGUCACCGUAAAAAUCAGUCUAAGAAUCAGUGGUGCUAUGACGACCAUCGUUGUUUGGAUUUCAUACAUCUUGCGGCAGAAAUUAAUCGUUCAAACAGUGAAAAAGUUUGCGAAUGUUGACAGAAUUCUGGCCAAGUGUUGUUACAAGACCAAUCAACCGAUUAAUGACAACUAUAUUAAACUAGCUGUUCUAAGUCAUUUUAUCUUGUCGUUUGUUGGAUUCAUAGUCAUGUUAAAAGUUUAUCCGAUAGCUGUAGUGCCAUUCCGAUAUGUACCAGCUAUAAUUAAUAGUUGGGUGAUGACACAGUAUUCAUUAAUUCUUAACAUGAUUAUCAAUCGGUUAAAGAUUAUCAACACAAGGAUUUUAAAACUUGGGAAUGUUGAAACUUCUAUCAAGCCUCGAGUUGUACUUGCCGAUAGAUCUCCCUUGACUGAUCCAAAAUUAGUCGCAUUUGAUCUCAGACACAUCAGCAAUGCUCAUUCCCAAUUGUCUGAAUUACCCAGUGAAGUAUCUAAUUUCUUCGGGUUUCCCAUUUUACUCGUUAUCUUUUACAGCGGGGUAUCCGGGACAGUUUACUCGUACUUUGUAAUUUUUUCCUUUUUUGAAAAAUUUAAACAAGAAAAUAUUAUUAAUUAUUUUAGUGUUGGUUUAUGGUAUUCUUACAUGAUCUUGAGUUUCAUUUUGAUGACUACAAAUGUUACUAGAAUAAAAGUUCAGAGCAAACAAACCGCUGACGCUAUUCAUCUAGUCUUGGAUCGGUGUUUGAUGGAUCAGAAAAUUGAAGAUCAGGUAAAUAUGAUCUUCUUUAUAUUAGCUAGUUGUACUCAAAAGGUUAAUUAUAAUUAUAAGUAA